GUCCCCACUUUCAGGUAUACUGCAACAAAUUUGCUAAUCGCAGUUGUGGUAGCCUGCAAGGGUAUCAGCCUACAGGUGUGUCAGGAGCAGGUGUGCCAGGAAAGGACGUAUCUGCCUACAGGUGUGCCUGCCUACAGGUGUGCCAACCUACAGGUGUGCCAGCUGCAGGUACGCCAGCACCAACAAUUAAACAACCGACACCUGUUGGUGGCUGUCCGGAUUGUUCGUGGGGGUACGGGGAACAAACAUUGUUUAACAACCAGACACUCACAAACACUACUACAAUAACCAUCUAGUAAGCAGUGUCCGUGAGAAUUUGACGCUAUAUGAAGGUGUGCUCUGUAUCUAGUCAACCAUACCAAUCAGCAAGCCUUGCUCCAUAAAGUACAUCAGUAUCAGAACUAUUUGUGUUGGCCAUCACAAGGGAGCUGCCAGAGUGGAAGACGAGGAUAUAUCUUCAUAAUGUUAACACCAGCAAGUGGGAGAAUAAGUAUAGUGCUAACGUGUGUGUGGGCGGUGUGUGUGGGCGUGGCGGAGGGCGCCCCACGACCUGGCAACAUGUACACAUCCUUGGAACAGAUGAACCACUUGUUUGUGUUCGACAAGCUGGUGGGGGAGUUGCUCAUCCUCUUACCACAGAGCAUCCCUGAAGCCUCCAGGUACCUAGAGUCCUAUUGGAGUGUAUCAGCUGACCGAGAAAAGGUUAAGGGUGAGGUGACCUCCGUGGAGAUCACGGGUAAUCCCCUUCAUGUGUACUCUGUCAUCAAACGACUCGUCUUGUACUGGCCUGUACUCAGCAACUUAGUCAACAUCAGCCACACACUAGAUGUAGUGUGUGAGGAUAAGAACGUUGGGUGUAAAGAAUGGUCUUUGCGAGGUGAGUGUCUCCACAACUGGCAGUACAUGAUCCUCAACUGUCAGCACUCCUGUGAUAUCUGUCUCACACCUGAGAUACUGGCCCGGGUGAGGGAGGUGGUGGAAGCCAGCAACAGGACGGUCCUGCCCACGUAUGACGACCUCCGUGGGGCAGCCUUUGCCCUGGCUCGCCUCCAGAGGACUUACCGCAUUCCUAUUGGCAGCUUCAUGCAUGGACGCCUCGAAAACACUCCCUGUAGUGUUAGGUUGACGGUGGAAGACUGUGUUAGGGUCGCCAAUGCUACUCGCCACUUCUGCUAUAUAAGUGAUGCUUGGCUCUGGUAUAGCUACUGCCGUGCAACUGCUGUAGAUGAUCCCCUAUUACAAGCUCACAUCCAGGCACUGAUGGACGACACAGCACUCCAGCACGACAGAGGGUGGAGUGAAUACAACAACCAAUACUUCCCUCGUCCCUUGAACGAGACACACUACCAGAUUUCACGGGACUCGCCAUACAGUCAACUGUGUCGUGGUACUAGUCAACAGACUGACGGGAGCUUGCGGUGCCAUGUGUCGAACAGAGGUGCUCACUACCUCACGCUACAGCCGGUGCGCUAUGAGCAUGUAUAUAACCAGCCUGACAUCUUCCUCUUCUAUGAUGUCAUCAGUGACAAGGAAAUCCGGAUCAUCCAGGAGCAGGCAUCAUCCUUGGUAUGUCACACUGCCAAGAGUUGGUUAUCAUCUUUGGUAUGUUAUGAUGCCGGGAGCUGGUAUCUUCCUUUGUCUGUCAUGAUGCCAGGAGUUGGUUAUCAUCCUUCGUAUGUUAUGUUACCAGCUGGUUAUCAUCCUUGGUAUGUUAUGAUGCCAGGAGCUGGUAUCAUCUUUAUUAUGUUGGAGAAGCACCAGAUUUGUAGAUGUAUUAUUAUUAUAGUCAUAACUAAGAGCUAAACCCACAAGGGUUAUACAGCGCUGUGUAGAGGUCAUAGAGCGUCUGAGGAAUGGGAGGUAAUCAGAUUUGGUCCAAGGAAGGAGCGAGUAGAUCCAAGUCUCCUUGGAUGAAGAGCCCUUCAUGGACAUAAAGGCCACACUAGUAUAGCUUUUAUUUUUCAAAGACUUGUCCAUUUGUUAAGCAAUUCCUCUAAUUUCCUAAUAAACAGAACACAAAGAAU